AUGAAAGAAUUACGUGAAGAUAUCGAAGCGCUCCAUUUUCGAAAUGUGAUGAAUCUUGAAGAAUAUAUUGACCAUCCAGAAGAAAAGGAAAUACAUGAAGUAUUAAGCGAUCAUGAAAUAGUGAAUCUAGCUAUUAACCUAGAACCUGAAGAGGAUAUAAGUGAUGAAGAUGAUGAUAGCACAGAAAUGCGCCAAGUUACUCAUAAUGAAGCACUGAAUGCUACAUAUUUGCUAGAACAAUACCUUCUGCAACAGGAUCUUUGUGACACAGCCCGGUCAAAACAUGAUGAAGCUUUGUCGAACUUGCAAAAUACGAUUAGAAAAUUACGAAAUACAUCUUUCAAGCAAUUAGAUCUUGAAGCGUUUUUUGAGCUUGCCGAUUAA